CAGAGCAGCCUGUUACCAUCCUCCACCAUUACACAACACAUACAUACACCUUUGCCCUUUGUAUUUUCUGCCUGAAAGAUCCAUCACUUCCCAAACACACCCCCCUCUCUUUCUCACUCCCCACUACUAUACAUCUUCUGCUUAGCAGCCUUUUUAUCACCAUUUCUGAGCACCCAUUCUAAACACUUCCUAAACAGCCCACACAGCCACCUUGUGUUGUCCUCUCAGCUCACUACUGUCAUGGCUUCCUUGGUGUUUGCACUGCUCCUUCUGGCCAUGGCUGGUCAUUCAAGUGGAAGUGCAACAUGGUGUGUUUGCAAGGAAGGAAUGGGGGAUUCAGCAUUGCAGAAGACACUGGACUAUGCCUGUGGAGCAGGGGCAGACUGCAACCCCAUUAAACCAAAUGGGCAAUGCUACAACCCCAACACAGUGAGAGCUCACUGCAACUAUGCAGUCAACAGCUAUUUCCAGAAAAGGGGCCAAGCUGCUGGGGCAUGUGACUUUGCCAGCACUGCCACUGUGGCCACCUCUGACCCUAGUGUGACUGGCUGUGUUUAUCCUUCUAGUGCAAGUGGUGGUGGUGGUGGUGGCGGCGGCAGCAGCACAACAACAACCAGUCCCACUACUAACACCGGACUGCCAUCCACCGGCUCCCCGAUCGUCACAACUCCCAACGGCGGUUCUCUUGGCGGCAGUGGCGUCGGAAUCAACAACGGCUUAGGUCCAUCGGGUAACGGCAUGAACGACAUGAGCCACGGUGGGAUUUCUCAACAAGGGACCCUCCCCUUCAUCACCCUCAUAUCCUAUGCUGUAGCAUCAUGCUAUUGGUGGCUCCAAUAAUAACUAUAUUAUGAAUUAUAUUGCUGAUGGGAAUGAAUGAUGAAUGGAUGUGAUGAGCGGCUACUACUAUCUAUCACUAUCAGGUGUGCAAGGAGUAUCAUAUCUUUGGACAGCCCUGCUUCUUCUUCUUUUUAAUUUUUAUUUUAAUUUGUAUAUUAGUACUUUGGAGCUGAGAACGUUAAUCAUAUAUUAGUAAUGUUGUCGGAUGUAUCUUUUGUGUUCUGUAACUCUUUAAAUACUACUAGGAGGAUAAAAAUGAUGUC